AUGACGUCCGAAAAGCCACACCGAGUGCACCCUCGCAUCAUCCUGCACGGCGGCGCCGGGAAUGUCACCCGCCAGAACCUCUCCAAAGAGCGCUACGCCGCCACGCGCAAAGCAAUGCUAGCCAUCCUCGACAAAACGCGCUCCAAACUCCUCGCCCCAGACGCCACAGCUCUCGACGUUGCCACCUACGCCGUAAGCCUGCUCGAGAACAAUGGCAUCUUCAACUCCGGCCAUGGAGCCUGCUUCACCACCGCCGGCACGCAGGAACUCGAGGCGUCGGUCAUGGUGUCGCGGGGCUACCGGAAGCGGGGUGUGGGCGUGAUGAAUUUGCGCCGGGUCAGGAAUCCUGUGAUGCUUGCGCGGGAGAUGUUGAUUCGAGGGGAGGAGAGCGAUGGAGCGGGUGCUGGGGCGCAUUGUCAGUUGCAGGGGGAGACGUGCGAGCGGCUUGCGGACGAAUGGGGUCUGGAUUUGGUGAAGCCGAGUUAUUUCUGGGUGAGGCGGCAGUGGGAUGCGCAUCGGAAGGGGUUGGGGUUGAGUUGUGACGAUGAGACGUAUGAGAGGGAGAAGAAGCUUGCGGAUGAAGAUGCGGCUGACGACCCCACAUGGGACGGCGAGAGCUAUAUCCCGCAAGGCACCGUGGGCGCGGUGGUCCUCGACAGCUUCGGCACGAUCUGCGCGGCGACAUCAACUGGUGGCCUCACGAACAAGCUACCCGGCAGAGUGGGCGACACACCAACAAUCGGCGCAGGUUUCUGGGCAGAAGAAUGGCCUACGCGUUUUCGCCAGACCCAAUCGCCAGCAGCAGAAUUCUCACUCGCGGGUUGGCUGCGCGACUGUCUGCCGGGCCUAUCAGACUACAUUCCACUGCCCUCGUCCAGCGCCACGACAGCAUCGAUCAACACCACCCCGGAGUUCCGGGCAGUUGGUAUGUCAGGCACGGGAAACGGCGACUCCUUUCUCCGAGUCAACGCCGCUCGCACCGCAGCAGCCAUCGCUCGUUACGCCCGGAAUGCGCCGUACAAUGUCGGCGUUCCGUUACAAGACACGAUCUCCAACGUUGCUGGACCGGGGGGAGAACUGCAGCGCAGUGCUGGAGAUCGUUGGCGCAAGACGGGCGAGGGAGAAGGUGGGAUCAUCGGAAUUGACUACGAUGAGGGCAAGGGCAAGGUGGUGUUUGAUUUCAAUUGUGGAGGGUUGUACCGGGCGUGGAUCGACGACGAAGAUCAGGAGAGGUUCGCAAUCUUCCGAGACGAGAUUUGA